GGCGUAAUGGUAUGGUCCUAGUUGCCACUAGAGCUAGAGUAACAUGGCUGCUGAUUCCUGAGCCCGGAGCCGGUUUGAAGGAGGCGAUUUCGGCAAAAUUUAAACGGCGAUUUUCCAAGAGUCUAACCUUUUGGGGUUUAGCCAAAAUAACCUUUCGGCAAACGCUGUAUGGUUUCUAGUCCUGCUGUAACCUUGCGAAUCCAUACCGCUAGAGACAAGAGUGGUGCUGUGAGUGUGCCAGACAAUGUCAAUAAAUAAUCCUCCACCCAUCUAUGAUGCACUUUGGGAAGAUCGGGAUGUCAGGUUUGACAUCAGCACAGCCCAGAUGAAUAUGCGGCCAGGAGAGAAGCUGAUUGACCUGUUAGACUCUGUGGAAGACACCAAAGGAAAUAACGGAGACAGAGGUCGUUUGAUUGUUACCAACUUGCGACUAAUUUGGCAUUCACACAGCUUGCCAAGGGUCAACUUAUCUGUUGGCUAUACUUGUAUCAUCAACAUCACCGUGAGAACGGCUCACUCGAAACUGAGAGGUCAGACGGAAGCCCUGUACAUCUUAACACGAUGUAACAACACUCGCUUUGAGUUUAUCUUCACUAGCCUGGUUCCUGGCUCGCCCAGGCUGUUCACCACUAUCAUCUCAGUUCACAGAGCCUAUGAGACAUCCAAGCUGUAUCGCGAUCUGAAGUUGAGAGGUGCCAUUGUUCACAACAAGAACCUCCGCUUACUGCCCCUGGAGCAAGUGUACGACAAAGUCAAUGGCGUGUGGAAUCUCUCCAGUGACCAGGGUAACUUAGGCACAUUCUACAUCACCAAUGUACGGUUAGUUUGGCAUGCCAACAUGAACGAGUCAUUCAACGUCAGUGUGCCGUAUCUUCAAAUGAAAAGUGUGAAGAUCCGAGAUUCUAAGUUUGGGGUAGCGCUCGUUCUGGAAUCUUCUGUGCAAAGCGGAAACUACGUGCUGGGUUUCCGCAUCGAUCCCCUGGAGAAGCUGCACGAGGUCGUCAAGGAGAUCCAGAGCCUGCACCGUGUCUACAGCGCAAGCCCCAUCUUUGGGGUGGAGUUCGAGACUGAGGACCGUCCUCAGUCCCUGGAUGAGCUGACCAUCGAGAACCAGACAGAUGACGUGGACAUUGUCACUGAGGAUGAGCAGUCGGAUGCGUUUGCAGCAUACUUUGCCGAUGGUAACAAGCAGAAGGACAGGCCACCAGUCUACUGUGAGGAACUUGGCCUAGCCAUUGAGAAGCUCAAAGACGGAUUCACGCUUUCUAACCUGUGGGAGGUCGUGGAACAAAAAUAGCUAGGAAGUCUUUUCAAAGAAGACAGGGCACUUUUGGCUCCAGCAUCUCGGUGUGCAUUUAAAUGUUCAAGGAGAAACCUUUUGAGUAGGUUUUUCAACUCCAUGGAGUAGAUGACUUUGAAAAUGAGACUCUAAUGAGUCUCUAGUCUGAGACACCACAGAUAUGGGGGGCUUGCGUCUGAACAAGCAAGGGCAGUGUUUUACCAAGCAGCGACCUUCCCUGGUGUGGCACAUGACAGGAGCGUGUGCGUAUUUGUGCAUGUCUGGCACACUGAAUGCUUCUCUAUUUGUCACCGGUAACCGAAACCCUUGAUGCAAGGCUUAGUCGAAAGUACACCCAUACCUGCACUUCCUCUGUUGGUGUUUGUUUCAUAGACAGGUUGCACUACAUGUAUUUAGCUGAUUACUCUUGUGUUUUGAAGUAUCUGAACAUCACAAGGAUGAUGUUACAGCGGAAAGAAUAUAUUUUUUAUCAGUGUUUAUAUUAAAAUGUAUAUAUUUGAAGAUUGGUUUGUAAAAUGGUAGAGUGAGAUGCCCUCAGAGUGUAUUGUGGAACAGGCGUGAAUGGCUUGUGUGUAGUUCAUUGUUCGAGAGAAAAAGUUGUUUUUUUUUCACCUUCCAUUCCAUGGUUUGCCACAUGUAACCCAAACAAGUGUCAUAGGUUGGUAGUUGCUGUACGUACAUCUACCCGAGCUCCAGAUCUUGAAAUGGAUUGAUGCACAAUAUUGAGCAGGAAUUUCUUUUCACACCUGUGAGCACAAACUCCUACUGAGUGAAGAAAGUGUAGCAGAGACUCACUUUCUCAGAUUGAGUCAUACAUGUAGAUACACUUUGCUAGCAUUGUCUUGUGGGGAGUUGAGUCACAGUCUGCAUGGUUUUUGAAGAAAAACAUUUCGGCUUAUACUGCCCAGGUUUUUGUUUCAAAAUCUAAGUGGGUCAUUGCUAAAGUGGGAAUUCUGGUGUGUUCUUAGAAUUAUUUUUCUUUUUGCAUUAUCGUAUGUAUUCCUUUGCACACUUGUCUUAUUCGGCAUAAUCAUAAUCUACAUGAUUCAGUCAAAAAGGCAGCAAUUUUAGAUAAUUUUUAUCUUUUGUUUUUCUUUUGUUGUAUCUCAUGUAAAAGAGUCUUUCGCACAACACAGAAGAAGUCAAAAGCUGCAUCAUUAGCAAAGCUGUAUAUGUACUUAAAGCAAACUGUGAAUUUACAUGAAGUUCUGUAAUAAACACUUUGCACUGAAUAUUUCAA